UAAGUUUCCCUCGUCAAGUCCCAAUCAAGCUAUCCUCCAGUGUUGUAUGUGUAUAUAUAUAUAUACCCAUGAUAUCCCACCAGACAAAGCCCAUGCAACAGCGGUCACUUUGAGUUCCUCGUGUUCGGCUCUGUCGCUUCUGUUGCUGAGAACCGAUCUCAACUCUCUACAAUUCAUUUCCUCCCAAAUCGCUCUUUCUAGAUCAACAUUUCAUGCCAGCACAUUGCCACUUUAUCCACUGAUCGAUCCUUCGUCCACAACUUUGUUCGCAUCUCCUGCCGUGGGUUCUACACGUCCUCAGCCGUCCAAAGAUGAAGAUCCGGGCUUCCUCCGCCUUGAAGCGGAUAUACUCCGUUGUGGUGGCCAUGGUGAAGGCCAAGUCGAUGGCGGUGAAGAGCAAAACCAGUGCCCUGAAGACCAGGCUCCUGGUCUUGGGGCUGCUUCAUAACAAGAAGGUCCUGAUGAAGGCAAUCAACCACAAGAUCCAUGCGCUGAUGGGCCAAGAGAGAGGUGAAGGAGGUGCCCAUUCCGCCGAGGAACAGAACAAGGCGAUCGUGCUCUACGAUGCUGCUAAGAACGAAGCCCUGCCGAGUCCAACGAGCGCGGAACCUUCGUACUGUGACGACGACGAUAACUAUCCAGAUCUGAGGCAUUCUCUCUUCGACGUGGAGGACGAAGAUGAUGAGGAGCUUGUGAACACCACUGGAUCCGUCGUUGAUCUCGUCAGGAACUCCAGGGAGGAUGGCUCUGAGUUCAGUCUGGAGGACGAGAUCGACCACGUAGCGGACGUGUUCAUUAGGAGAUUUCAUAGGCAGAUGAGGCUGCAGAAGCUGGAAUCCUUCAAGCGGUAUCAGGAGAUGUUGCAGAGGAGCGUGUAAGAGCACCAAUAAAGGUAUCAGAAUUGGCUCGAGUGUGGAACAGCAUAAAUAAUGCUAUUUGGAUCUGUGCUCCAUAUUUUUACUAUUACAUUAAGUUAUCAGUCAUUCUUUCUCAUACAACUGUAACACCGGAAAGAUCAUACAAGAUAGUAUAUGGGUGGGAGAAUGCUUUGUACUAUGAUCUAAAGAUGCUAUGUCAACAAGGACACUGUGUUCUUUGUAGUA